CGCGCAGCCGGCCGCGUUUAUACGGCGCCGGCUGCGCGGGAGCGCCGCAGUCCUUUGCCGGUAAAGCUCACGCGCUUACCUCUGCUCGUCUUCAGAAAAUACUAUUAUACUUAGUCACUUGCAAAUAAAUUUCGAUUAAAACUAAGUGAUAAACAAGAGUCUCCUCUCGUUUGGUUUAAAAGUGGAACGAUCAUUUAUGGCAACCCUCUUGCUCCAGCCGACCAUUGUGUGCACGUCCCCCUGUGGCAAGUUGAUGACAGUCCAGAUAGGAGUGGACAAUAAUAGUGGGAGUAGAGAGACUUUAUUGAUAGGGUGAAGAUGACGGUGGUGCCUGAAGUGUCACGCGUGAGGGGCUUGUGCCACCAGUUGCUCAUGGUUCUACUAAUAAACGUGCCCACCAUGUCUCUUGGGAUGGCGAUGGGGUGGGUGUCGCUGGUGAGCGGCGAGCGGGAGGAGACGGACGGCGUGGAUCCGGCGGCGGGUACCGGCGGGGACCCGGCGGCGGCGGCGGAGGCGGAGGGAGCGCGCGUGGUGGCGGCGGCGGCGACCACGUUCCUGGCAUCACUAGUCGGCGUCCCACUGAGUGCGCGCGCGCUCUCUUAUGGGCGAAAAUUCGCACUUAUCGCGACGUCGAUGUGCUUUGUGGUGUGCUGGUCGCUGAAGCUGGUAGGCGGCGGCUGGUGGGUGCUGGCGGCACGCGUGGCGGCGGGGCUGGGCGGCGCCGGCGCCUACUCCAUCGCGCCGCUCGUCGCCAGAGAGAUGUGCGAGAAGCGCGUGCGUGGAGCAGCGGCGGCGGCGCUAAUCCCUGCGCACAACGUGGGCUUCCUUCUCAUGUACCUCGCCGCCGACUUCGCGCUGCCGCACACGACGAUCCUGUGGAGCUGCCUGAGCCUGUCGCUGCUGCACUGCGCGGUGUUCCUGCUCGUGCCCGAGUCGCCGGCCUACCUCGCCGCCAACAACAAGGACAAGGAAGCAGUGGCAUCACUGGCGUGGCUGCGUGGGGUAGACGUGGACCACCCCUCGCUGGCGGAGGAGCUGGCCGCGCUGCCACCGCCGGAUAACGGCGUGAGCACCUUCGCGCUGCUCAAGGACAUGAUAAGCGACCGCAGUCGCCGGCGCGCGUUCAUCAUCAGCUUCGUGGCCAUCGUCGGCCAGGAGGCGUGCGGAGUCUACACGCUCAUGCAGUUCGCUGAGCGGACCUUCGUGCUCGCGCGGGACGAAGCCACCACUAGCGCCCUAGAAAUUAUGCCAGACAAUGCAACCUAUGCGCUAAAUUCCACUAAUACAUGGAAUAUGAGCGAUAUGCUGACUACAACUAUGGUGCCAAAUGCUACAAGCGCGCUAGAACAUGGCCUGAAUGCAAUGAAUGCUACGGUGGUGCUCCGUACGAACGCGCUGCUGACACCGGCCAGGCAGGCAGUUGUGUUGGGAGCGGUGCAGUUGGUCGCCUCUGCCAUUGCUCUGUACCUUGUGGAGAGGGUUGGGAGGAGGCGGCUGCUGAUCACGUCAGCGUUCGCGACGGGCGGCUGCCUGGCGGCGGGCGCGGGCGCGGCGUGGGCGGGCCGCGGCGGCUGGGCGGGCGCGGCGCUGGCGGGCGCGGUGGCGGCCGACAACGCGGGGCUGCAGCCCGCGCCCUACGCCAUGCUCGCCGACAUGUUCCACUAUCAGUUCCGCAGCGCAGUGAUGAUGCUGUCGUCAGCUGGCACGUGCGUGGCGAACGCGGCGGAGGUGAUGGUGUUCCCGGCGCUGGCGGCGCGCGCCGGUCUGCCGGCCGCGCUACUGCUCGCCGCGCUACUCACGCUAUCUUACGCCAUCUUCGCGCUAUUCGCCGUGCCCGAGACGCGCGGCAAAACGCCUGAACACAUCUACUCGUUGUUAGACAAAAAGAGGAAAGAGAAGGAUGUCGAAGGCACGGAUGAAAAGGGAAGGAGGUCGGAGCCAGAGUCUGAUAGCACUCGUGUGUUAUAUAUCGUUGACGUGGACCACCCCUCGCUGGCGGAGGAGCUGGCCGCGCUGCCACCGCCGGAUAACGGCGUGAGCACCUUCGCGCUGCUCAAGGACAUGAUAAGCGACCGCAGUCGCCGGCGCGCGUUCAUUAUCAGCUUCGUGGCCAUCGUCGGCCAGGAGGCGUGCGGAGUCUACACGCUCAUGCAGUUCGCUGAGCGGACCUUCGUGCUCGCGCGGGACGAAGCAACCACUAGUGCCCUAGAAAUUAUGCCAGAUAAUGCAACCUAUGCGCUAAAUUCCACUAAUACAUGGAAUAUGAGCGAUAUGCUGACUACAACUAUGGUGCCAAAUGCUACAAGCGCUCUAGAAUAUAGCCUAAAUGCAAUGAAUGCCACGGUGGUGCUCCGUACGAACGCGCUGCUGACACCGGCCAGGCAGGCAGUUGUGCUGGGAGCGGUGCAGUUGGUGGCCUCUGCUAUUGCUCUGUACCUUGUGGAGAGGGUUGGGAGGAGGCGGCUGCUGAUCACGUCUGCGUUCGCGACGGGCGGCUGCCUGGCGGCGGGCGCGGGCGCGGCGUGGGCGGGCCGCCGCGGCUGGGCGGGCCCGUUCCGCAGCGCAGUGAUGAUGCUGUCGUCAGCUGGCACGUGCGUGGCGAACGCGGCGGAGGUGAUGGUGUUCCCGGCGCUGGCGGCGCGCGCCGGUCUGCCGGCCGCGCUACUGCUCGCCGCGCUACUCACGCUAUCCUACGCCAUCUUCGCGCUAUUCGCCGUGCCCGAGACGCGCGGCAAAACGCCUGAACACAUUUACUCGUUAUUAGACAAGAAGAGGAAAGAUAAGGAUGUCGAAGGAACGGACGAAAAGAAAGAAAAGGAUGUCGAAGGCACGGAUGAAAAGGAACGGAGGUCGGAGCCAGAGUCUGAUAGCACUCGUCAGCUCCCCGCGAUGGGCCUGCUGGACAAGCUGUCGGGCUGGCUGGGCCGCGGGCCCACGGAGGUGACGGUGCUGGUGCUGGGGCUGGACAACAGCGGAAAGAGCACGCUGCUCAACGCGCUGCGCCCGCCGGAGCAGCGAGCCACAGCCCUCGCGCCCACCGUCGCCAGCACCCAAGACCAUUUCUCUAUGUUCCAGCAGCUCCCCGCGAUGGGCCUGCUGGACAAGCUGUCGGGCUGGCUGGGCCGCGGGCCCACGGAGGUGACGGUGCUGGUGCUGGGGCUGGACAACAGCGGCAAGAGCACGCUGCUCAACGCACUGCGCCCGCCGGAGCAGCGAGCCCCAGCCCUCGCACCUACUGUCGCCAGCACCCAGGAUCACUUCUCUAGCGGCGGCGUGGCGUUCAGCGCGUGGGACGUGUCGGGCGCGCCGCGGCACCGCGCGCUGUGGGAGCGGCACUACCGACGCGCGCACGCCGUCAUCUUCGUCGUCGACGCCGCCGACCACCUGCGCUUGGUGGUGGCGCGCGAGGAGCUGGAGCUGAUGCUGGCGCACCCGGACAUGUGCGGGCGGCGCGCGCCGCUGCUGGUGUUCGCCAACAAGAGCGACGCGCCGCACGCGCUCGCGCCCAUGCAGACCGCCACAGCACUAGGCCUGGAGCGUAUCACGGACAAGCCGUGGCACAUUUGUGCGUCGAGCGCCAUCUCUGGCGCCGGGCUGGCGGACGGCGUCGCGUGGCUGGCGCGACAGCUGCGCGACAUGCACAUGCACCACUAAUGAUCAUACUGGACAAUCAAACCACUGGGUUGUUCCAUCCAAU